AUGGCCCCAUCUCUCGACAAAACUUCCUUCCCAUUGAACGACGGCACCAAGAUCCCAGCUAUUGCCUUGGGUACUUGGAGAACCGAGAACAAGGACGCUAUCAAUGCCGUCAAGAUUGCUUUGCAGAACGGCUACAAGCACAUUGACACUGCCUCCAUCUACGGUAACGAAGAAGGCGUUGGCCAAGGUAUCAAGGAGUCUGGUGUUAAGAGAGAGAACAUCUACCUCACCACCAAGUUGUGGAAUACCGAACAUGUCAACCCAGAGGCUGCCUUGGACAAGUCCUUGGAGAGGUUGGGCACUGACUACGUUGACUUGUACUUGAUCCACUGGCCUGUCAGCAUUGAAGAGGAGAGAGCUGCCAAGGCCGAGGACUACGACUUUAUCCAGACCUACAAGGCCUUGCAGCCAUUGGUCAAGACCGGCAAGGUCAGAUCCAUUGGUAUUUCCAACUUCACCAAGGAGAGAGUCCAGAAGUUGUUGGCUGACAAGGAUGUCACCGUCAAGCCAGUCGUUAACCAGAUCGAGGCUCACCCAUUGUUGGUCCAGCCUGAAUUGACCGACUACUUGGCUUCUGAGAACAUUUUGGUCGAGGCCUACUCGCCAUUGGGUUCCGAUGGCUCUCCUGUGCUCAACAACCCAGUUGUGAACGAGCUUGCUAGGAAGUACGGUGCCACCUCUGCUCAGAUUCUUGUCUCCUGGGGUGUGCAGAGAAAGACUGUGGUUUUGCCAAAGUCUGUGCACGAUCAAAGAAUCAUCGACAACCACAAGACCGUUGAGUUCUCCAAGGAAGACUUUGAGAAGUUGACCAACUUGAGCGGCAAGUACGGUGUCCACAGAACCAACAAUGUUCCAUGGAAUGUUUUUAACUAG